UCCCUCUAAUCUCCCCUAGUGCCUUAUUCGAUUAUUGUCACUGAUCUCCGGCCAUGCACUGUCCCUUUGGACUCUAUCUCUCAGCUGAGUCUGCCACAGGAGGCUGCAUAUCUGCAGGACAGAGUCUAGGACCACAAACUUCCUUAUUCUUUGGGGAAAGACAGAAAACAAAAAUAAGAGCAACGAGAACCCUCAAAGUUUCUCCAGCAAACCUUUCAUCUACUGGAUUUCUGACUGGAAGCAAGCAAGGAAGAGGGAUAUGAGGGAUUUGGACAAUUUUUUUAGCUGAUUGUCACAGGAGAGCUGAUCAGGAGUAUUCCAAUAAACCACAGGAUGGUAUCACUUCUGCCUUGGCUUUAUAUUAUUCUACGGCUAGAAAAUUCCCUGGCACAACUUGAAAAUGAAGGCAAUUUCUAUUCCGAAAAUGUUAGUCGGAUCCUGGACAACUUGCUUGAAGGCUAUGACAAUCGACUACGGCCAGGAUUUGGAGGUGCUGUCACUGAAGUCAAAACAGAUAUUUAUGUGACCAGUUUUGGGCCUGUGUCAGAUGUGGAGAUGGAGUAUACAAUGGAUGUUUUCUUCCGCCAGACUUGGACUGAUGAGAGAUUGAAGUUUGUGGGGCCAACUGAGAUUCUGAGUUUAAAUAAUUUGAUGGUCAGUAAAAUCUGGACACCUGACACUUUUUUCAGAAAUGGUAAAAAGUCAAUUGCUCACAACAUGACAACCCCUAAUAAACUCUUCAGAAUAAUGCAGAAUGGGACAAUUCUAUACACCAUGAGGCUGACCAUCAAUGCUGACUGUCCCAUGAGACUGGUCAACUUUCCUAUGGAUGGGCAUGCUUGUCCACUCAAGUUUGGGAGUUAUGCUUAUCCCAAAAGCGAAAUCAUAUAUACAUGGAAGAAAGGACCACUUUACUCAGUAGAAGUCCCAGAAGAAUCUUCCAGCCUUCUCCAAUAUGAUCUGAUUGGACAGACAGUAUCUAGUGAGACAAUUAAAUCUAACACUGGUGAAUAUGUAAUAAUGACAGUGCAUUUCCAUUUGCAAAGGAAGAUGGGCUACUUCAUGAUCCAGAUAUAUACUCCAUGCAUCAUGACAGUCAUUCUUUCCCAGGUGUCUUUCUGGAUUAAUAAGGAGUCAGUCCCAGCAAGAACUGUCUUUGGGAUCACCACUGUUUUAACCAUGACCACCUUAAGCAUCAGUGCCCGGCACUCCUUGCCCAAGGUGUCAUAUGCAACAGCCAUGGAUUGGUUCAUUGCUGUAUGCUUUGCUUUCGUCUUUUCUGCACUUAUUGAAUUUGCAGCUGUCAAUUACUUCACCAAUCUUCAGAUACAGAGGUCCAAAAGGAAGACACAGAUCGCAGCCACAUCCCCAGCGACAAUAUCAAAGGCGACUGAACCCUUGGAAGCUGAGAUUGUUGUGCAUUCUGAUUCCAAGUACCAUCUGAAGAAAAGAAUCACCUCCUUGACUUUGCCAAUCAUCAAAUCCCCAGAGGCCAGCAAAGUUCUCACUAGAGAACCCAACCUGCAAUCAACACCUGUCACACCACCACCUCUCUUGCCAGCCUUUGGAGGCACCAGCAAAAUAGACCAGUAUUCUCGAAUUCUCUUCCCAGUUGCAUUUGCAGGAUUCAACCUUGUAUACUGGAUAGUUUAUCUUUCCAAAGACACGAUGGAAGUCAGUAGCAGUGUUGAAUAGCUUACAGCCAGAACGACCUGUAUUCUAAAAAUUCUCGUUCUUUGUAUUAAAAAAUAGCACUGAGACCAAUGUAGAUAGACAAUCAACACUGAAAAUCUGUAAUUCAUAACUUUGAGGAAGCAUGAAUGGGACAAAAAAAGCAAUAAUGCUACCCUUCAAAACUGAGAUUAAAAAUUGCUGAAAAAGCCUGUUUUUUAUGCACAUUAGAGACAAUUCAAUAAGAGGAUAAAAUGGAUUCAUGAUAAAUUUGCUCAUUUUUGCCCUUUGUAGUUCACUAUUGUUGAUUGUCACUGUGAAUAACAUUUAGAAGGCAGAUAAAGUACAAAACGCUAACACUUCCAAAUGUUGCCUUAAAUGUUUAUUUUGGCUUAAUUACUAGCAAGCAAAAUAUAAGUACGGUCUAAAUAUUUAUCAGUAGGUUUAUACCAGCAUGUUGGAGACAUUUAUGCUAGCAAAAUGGCUUUUAGUAGCAUCAUAAAGCUUAUAUUGAAAUUAGACUUUGUUUUUAACCUCGCUGUGCUCUUUUACCUCAACGAAGUAUGGUGUUGUAUACACAUAAAUUAUACAAAGGUCAUAUUACAUAUGCUUAUGUACAUAGCUUUAUUUAUAUUGCAAUAAAGUGUUGUUUUAUGUCACUAAAUUCUCCUUGUACAGAAUUAUGCUUACCAUAAUUCCAUGAAAUUGUAGAAAAAAUUAUUACUUUAAGGAAGUCUUGUAUAUGAUGAAUACAAUUAUCUCUCAUAUAUUGC